AUGCCCGCCGGGUCCCCAGCAUUUUAUAGCCGCUCAGGACUGAGUCCAUUCUCUGCCCUCAAAGGGCUUCGCACUGGAAUCCUGGAAGCCCUUCUGAGGGAGACCCCUCUAGAGACCCCCAGGAAGAGAGCAGCACAAACACAGGUGCAGGAGCCCCACAUGGAGCCCCCAGGCAAGCAGCCCCUGCCAGAGCUCCCCGCAGAAGAGUCCAUGCCUGAGGACUCAGGCCUUGAGGCAGCUCCUAGCACACAUGUUCUCUACGUGGGCAACCUGAACCCCCAGUUCUCUGUGCCAGUGCUCACCUGCCUGCUGCGAGACACCCUGGAGCGGCUAGAGCUGCCAGUGGCACGGGAGCACGUUGAGGUCGUGAGGCGGCCGCGCAAGGCCUAUGCGCUGGUGCAAGUGGCCACCCACAAGGACACCCUAACCUCCCUUCCCUGGCGCCUGCAAACUGCCUUGGCAGAGCACCAGAUCCUCAAGGAGCUGGUGGCCCGCGGGAAGGAGCUGGUGUUGGGUGAGGGCCGGGGGCCCACAAACCGCAGAGAGGAGGAGGACAGCGGCCCGAGUUCUGGCCAGAGCCCAGGCCCCAGCCCAGGCCCCAGCCCAGGCCCCAGCCCGGGCCCCAGUCCAGGCCCCAGCCCAGGCCCCAGCUCAGGCUGCGGCCUCCCACUGGCCAGACUCACCAACACACCACCUGCUUGGGCCCCAGGGCAGCCCAGCUACCAGCAGCGACCCAGUGGCACAUGCUCGGACAGCGCCAUCGUGUACCAGGAGAUCCGGGGCCAGGAGCGGCUCUUCCAGGGUGCCUUCCUGGGCAGCGAGACACGUAACGUGGAGUUCAAGCGGGGUGGUGGCGAGUACCUGAGCCUGGCCUUCAAGCACCACGUGCGGCGCUACGUGUGUGCCUUUCUCAACAGCGAGGGCGGCAGCCUGUUCGUGGGCGUCGAGGACAGCGGCCUGGUGCAGGGCAUCCACUGCAGCCACCGAGAUGAGGACCGCGUGCGCCUGUUGGUGGACUCCAUCCUGCAGAGCUUUAGGCCCCAGGUCUUCCCCAACGCCUACACGCUCACCUUCAUCCCCGUGGUCAGCACCUCCACCAACACGCCCCUCAAGGUGAUCCGCCUGAGCGUGCACACCCCCAAAGCCCAGGCUGAGCUACAGCUCUAUGAGACAGACCAAGGGGAGGUGUUCCUGCGGCGUGACGGGAGCAUCCAGGGCCCACUGGCCGUCCACGCCAUCCAAGAGUGGUGCAGGCAGAAGUGGACGGCAGAGCUGAGCAAGCUGGAGGAGAGGAUAAAGGUGUUGACGGUGGAGAAGGAGCAGCUCCAGAAGCAGCUGCAGCAGCAGAGGCCUGUCUCCUGCACCUGCUGUGUCCUCUGAUGGACCCAGCGGGCAGUGAGGGCAGCAAGCGGAAGCUGGCGCUCUACCUGGGAGAUGCAGGGAUUUCCUAUUUGAGCCAAAGUCCUCCCAAUAAAACUCAUCUGGCUGCUCAGAAGCGGAUGGGAGCACCAUGCUUCCUGACUCCUGCUGCGACACUGCACACACGGGCUGAUCCCCACGUGGCUUCAAUCCUGAGCAGCCCCCGGUCUGUGUAGCUAAGAAAUUGCUCAUAGCACCAUCCGCAAGGGAUCUCACCUUCAGAAAGAACUUGUAAAAAGUUGGCCGGAGCUAUCCUAGGGCUGAGCUAAAGGGGGGACUGUCCCUCACCCUAAAACGCUCGUUUUGCCCAGGCUGAAGUCAAUGACUCCAGUUGGCUAGACAGGACCAGAAAGGAAUAUGUCAUCUUGGGACAGCCGCUCGGCAGAUGGCAAGGCACAUCCGGUAACUGUGGGUACACAGCGAACGGGCUACCUUGCAGCCGCCACCCCUGGCUUGUUGGAACUUGUGAUUGUCACAGCUCUUCAAUAAAUUACAUG